AUGGCGAAAAAGAGAAAGGCUUCCCGCGCUGCCGAGUCCAGCGGGCCAAAAGAGCUGGACCCGGCAGACGCUCGCCUCAAGGUCAACACAUACGAAGAUGUGGCCAACUCAGAAGACGAAUUCUUCAUGAAUCGAGACACAAUCAUGUUCGACGACGAGCCCAACAUGAAGCGCCGGAGAAAGGGCGAAGAAGAGAUUGAUUUCUCAGACGAAGAAGUACUAGGAUACGAAGACUCAGAUUCAGGAAACGAGCCCCGUCCGAACAAAUCAAAACGAAAAGCCGCUGCAGGGCACGUCGAUUCAGAAGAUGAAGAAAACGGAGCCGAAGGAGAGGAGGGCGAAGAGGAGGGCUGGUGGGGUGCAUCCAAGAAGGAAUACUACAAUGCAGACAACAUCGAGACCGAGGCCGAUGCUCUGGAGGAAGAAACCGAGGCCAAGCGAUUGCAGCAGAAGAAGCUGUCCAAGAUGGCGGAAGAAGAUUUCAUCUUUGACGGAGAUGAGUGGCUCAUGGCUGAGCAAGAACCUCAAGAAAGCGCAGAGACCGUGACCGAGGUUCUCAAGGAGGUCGAGAUCACUGACGACAUGGGCCCUGGGGAGCGGCUGAAGCUGCUGUCUGCUCGAUAUCCCGAGUUUGACUAUCUCGUCGAGGACUUCCAAGAGCUGCAGCCCCAGCUCGAGAUUCUAAGAGCAGAUGCCAAGGUUUCGACCGGCAAGUCUCUAGCGGCCAUCAAAUACUGGGUGCUUGGCUGCUACGUCGCCUCAUUGGCUAGUUACCUGGCCAUCCUCACAUCCCCGGCCCGAGAUGCCGCUAAAGCACAGAAAACAAUUGAUCCUGCCGAGCUUCGUGACCACGAGGUGAUGGAGACCUUGGUCCAAUGCCGCGAGGCGUGGGAGCGGGUCAAGGACAUGAGAUCACUCAGCACCGCCGACGCCUUGGCGCAAGACAUCAAUUCUAUCCCCGAGGUGGACGAAUAUGAAUCAAUCGUACAGACCAAGAAGGCCAAGAAGGCCAAGGAGAGUGCGGCUUCUGCGGCAAGCAAGGCCAAGAAGCUGGCAAAGGCCAAGGCCAUCGAGGAGACAGUCGCCGACCUUUAUGACCUGCCUAUCAACACAAAAUCCAAGGCAAAGAGCAAAGACGAGACGCUGCGCGAUCAGGAUGACGACAGCUCAGACUUUGGUGAAGAAGAAACUCUGGAUGCUCGUGCAGCUGCUGACAAGGCGGCACGCAAGAAGAGCUUGAAGUUCUACACAUCCCAGAUUGUGCAAAAGGCCAACCGUCGUGCUGGCGCUGGUCGGGACGCCGGUGGUGACAUGGAUAUCCCUCACCGGGAGCGUCUUCGAGACCGUCAAGCUCGCCUCCUUGCCGAGGCCGAGAAGCGAGGAAAGAGAGAUUCCAAGCUGGGCGCGAACCUCGGCGAGGACAGCGACGAAGAAGACUCCAAGACUGCCAAUGCACUUCGCGACGAUGAAGACGAGUACUACGACAUGGUGGCUCACGGCUCCAAGGCCAAGAAGGACGACAAGGCCGCUCGAUUUGCCGCCUAUGCCGCCGCAAGCAAGGCCGACAGGGUGGUGGAAACUGAGGUCAUCGGCGAGGAUGGCAAGCGCAAGAUUACAUAUGCCAUCCAAAAGAACAAGGGCCUGGCACCCAGGAGAAGCAAGGACGUGCGGAACCCCAGAGUCAAGAGGAGAAAGCAGUACGAGGCCAAGCAAAAGAAGCUGAAGAGCAUGAAGCCGGUGUGGCAGGGCGGCGAGCCCAAGGGAGGUUACCGGGGAGAAGUCAGCGGUAUCAAUGCCACCGUUAUCAAGAGCACGAAGCUGUAG